AUGGACCUCUCACGGCAGGAGUAUCCAGCCUUGCUGGCCUCUUUGCAGCCCAGCCAAGCUACCAACGUGUUAAACGAUCGCAUUCGCAUCAUCAACCGGGUCAAUGCGGAUAUUGCGGAUUGGCUUCAGGAACGUCGGCGUGUCGAAGAAGCGUAUGCACAAGGCCUACGGAAACUUGCGACGAGGCCACAGCUGGACAAUGGCGCCGCACUAGGCAUCUUCCAGAUACCAUGGCAACGUAUCAUCAACGCCGCCGAAAUAGUGGCUUCUUCGCACGAGGUCUUUGCGCAGAAGAUUGAAGACGACGUGGAACGUCCCCUGAAGGAAUUCAACACAAAGAACCGGGAACUGGCUUCGAUGCCGGGUAUCCAGAAUGAUAUCGCGGGGCUUGCGAAGAACUUGGAGGCUUCCUCAAAGAAGGUGGACAAAGCAAGGGAAAAGGGCCCGAAAGGCGCGGAUAAAUUGGCAGGCGCCAUUGCCGCAGCAGAGGAGGUUCGCCAGCAGUGGGAAUCGAGGGCACCUUUCGUGUUCGAACAGCUUCAAGCCGCAGACGAGAGCCGACUUAAUCACCUACGAGACGUUCUAACUCAGCUUGAGACCCACGAAACGGACCAGGUUGAGCGUUGCCGUCAGGCAGCCGAGAGCUGUUUGAAUGUGCUUUUGAACGUUGAAACCGCAGAUGAGAUUAAGACAUUCGCUGCAAAGAUGAAUGGUGGACGACCGGUUGUUCCGAGAGAGCCAGCGAGGGAGCAAGCUAGAGAGCAAGCUGCAUCGCCGCCUCCAGCAGCACCUCUGCCGCCUCCGCCGCGCAUUGCGGAUGAUGCGGCCAGUCAACGCUCCGAGACGUCCGCUGCUCCUGCCCCGGCUAGGGCUCCUACUGCCCCAGAAGCUCGUCAUAAUACGCCCCUUGGCGGCCUCAAGCGACUAGGAACUGUCAUGAACCGACGCAAGAGCAUGGUGCAACCGUCCGGAGGACCUUUCUUUUCGGAGAAGAAGCAUCGCAGCCCCUUCGCUUCUUUCAUGAGAGGAGAUUCUGCUCGUGACACGCAGAUUCCCGAGUCUCCUCCAUCGACGGCGGAUCGCCCCGGUACUGCUUUGACUACACAGGAAAGCCCGCGCGAAACGCGUGAUGCUGCUCGUAACGCCAGCGAGCCUAGUGAUCGCGACGGUGCCGGCCCAGGUCCCUCUAGCCCGGAGCCUCAGUCGGCGCCUGGAACGGCAAACGGAGUUACCUCUCCAGAGGUUACUACCGACACGGGUCUGGCGAGUGCGACCAUCAAUGAGCAACCGCGAGUAGACUCGGAAGGGUUUACCGAGCGACCGCAGACCAUUGAUGAAAUCACAAGGGCCCAAAGAGAAGCCAUGGGCAUGGAAGAAUCGGGAAUGAACCUCACCAUCCGAGACCAGCCGAUAUUCGAGGAUGAGGACCAAGCGAAGCAAGCCAUGGAUGACAUGGCUAGCCAAUUAAGGAUGCGGGCCCAACAGAGUGGAGGCAUUAGACGAAAUGCCGGCACUUUGCGCGGUCGGCGCGAUGUUCGUAACACCGUCUUCAUCCCCAAUCCCCCACCGAGCAACGAACUCCCAAUCGCUCCAUCGGGGGCAGACGGACCGACCCCGACCUCACCGUCAAUGCCACCGAGGCAUGCGCUUUCCCCUAGUAAUGCCACUGAUGAACAUACCCUCUCUGAUACGACCUCUGUUCGGUCGGGACAUACCUUGCAUAGCACGUCUGGCCCGGUAACUCACCCGGAACUACACGAGCCUGGCUUGAACGCUUCCAUCAUCGAAACCGUCAACGCGUGGUUCUCCGAUGGUGUGGUGACCAAAUCAUUCGUCGUUGGAGAGCUUGCAUUGGCUUAUAAUCAGGCCCCGGACGUAUCGUCCGAUACCAGUCUUGUUCGUCUGGAAAAUUUCCAGGUGCUGGAAAAAGUGGCCGCUAACCCCCACUUUGUGAGUGAGGAGAAGGACAAAGAUCAAUCCGAGGAGAAGAGAGGCCAAUACACUGUCUCUCUCUCUAACAUAGCUCGGUCCUCACCAUCAGUAGCCUUCAAAUACCAGCUCCACAUUGAUCCCUCGGACACAUCCGCCUACUGUCCGGUCAUCUUCAAACCGGUCUGGAACCUGGAAGAAUAUCAAGCCAGCGUGAUUGUGUUCUACUCGAUCAAUCCGUCUUUCGCUUCAUCGACACCGACCGAAUCACUGGUGCUCAAAAACUUGGUUCUGACGGUGAACCUCGAUACCACGCCGGAGGAAGGUCGCGAAGUAGUCCAUGCAACCAAUGCCGUUAUGUACCCCAACACGGGAGCAUCCUUCCGCCGCAAGCAUUCCGCGGUGAACUGGAAGUUACCCGAACUAGAGGUCAAACCCAACUCUGAUGGCAAAUUCCUGGUUCGGUUUUCCACGGCGAACAGUUGGCCGCGCAAGGGCAAGGUCGAGGCCAAAUUUGAGAUCCGCUCGACCCAUGCCGGAUCGCGCCUGGGAAUCAGCGCUGCGUCUCCGGGCGGGGAGGUCGCACCGGAUCCUUUUGCAGAUGAGGAUUCUGCACCGGCCGAUACUGAGUCAUUGACGUGGAACGAGGUGCCGACAGUCCGCAAGCUGGUCGGAGGCAAAUAUGUGUCUUCUUAA